AUGCCUCCUAAUUACGCCGCCGGGAGAGGCCGGGAGAGCGCAAGAACCAUGAUCCUUGCGCUGUUCGCCGCGUCGGUCCUUUGGGCGCUUCCGCCUCCGGCGGCGGCCACGGCGAUGCAGCCGAACGCGACGUGCCUGCGGCGGUGCGGCGACAUCGACAUCCCCUACCCGUUCGGCGUCGGCCCCGGGUGCCACCUCGAGACGGGGGACUGGACGUUCGUGCUCACCUGCAAUCGUACGGACGGCGGGCGGCUCCGGCUGUACAACUACCAGAUCGAGGUGAUGGACAUGUCGGUGCGCCUGGGGCAGCUGCGCAUCUACAACAUCAUCAACCCAUGGUGCUACAACGCCACGACGCUGGCGAUGAACGAGCAGCACAACUGGUGGUACGACAUGUCCAUCACCAACUUCCGCAUCAACGACGCGCAGAACAGGUUCACCGUCAUCGGCUGCAACUCGCUGGCCUACAUCCGUUCGCUCAACGACAGCACCGACACGUACAUGACCGGGUGCAUGGCCAUGUGCCCCGGCGCGAGCCGCCUGGAGAACGGCUCCUGCGCCGGCGUCGGGUGCUGCCAGACCGCCAUCCCCAGCGACCUCAACGCGUACUGGGUCUCCUACGAGGACAAGUUCAACACCUCCCGGAUCGCCAACUUCAGCCCCUGCAGCUACGCCAUGCUCCUGGAGGCCGCCGCCUUCGACUUCCGCACCACGUACGUCACCACCGACGCGUUCGUGGCGGACAACGACGGCAAGGUGCCGCUCGUGCUCGACUGGGCCAUCGGGAACAAGACGUGCGAGGAGGCCAAGCGGAACGCGUCGGCGUACGCGUGCGCCAGUAGCAACAGCGAGUGCAUCGACUCCAAGUACGGCAAGGGCCGGGGCUACCUCUGCAACUGCUCCGCCGGAUACGACGGCAACCCCUACCUGCUCAACGGCUGCCAAGGUGCUCUUCCUCCUAGUCCUACUGUGUUUUCGUCGCUGGCGCGUCACAUAAAGAAAUUGAAUUCGCCACGGCGGCCAAGUUCACAUUUUGCUUAUGCAGAUAUUAACGAAUGCGAAGAUGGAAGAUUCAGGUACCCGUGCUCUGUUCCUGGUACCUGCGUCAACACUAUUGGGUCAUUCUACUGCGCAUGCCCUGACAAGACGACGGGCAACGCCUACAAUGGAACGUGUGAGGACAAGAAAACCCAAAUCGGGUGGCAGAUCGCCAUUGGUGUUACCAGCGGCGUUGUCGCACUGAUCGUCACGGCGACCUGCCUCUACAUGAUCCACGAGAAGAGGCGGCUCGCCAAGAACAAAAGCGAGUACUUCAAGCAGCACGGCGGCCUCCUGCUGUUCGAGGAGAUGAAGUCGAGGCAGGGCCUGUCCUUCACGCUCUUCACCCAGGAGGAGCUCGAGGUGGCGACCAACAGGUUCGACGAGCGCAACGUGAUCGGCAAGGGCGGCAACGGCACCGUGUACCGCGGCACCACCAAGGACGGCACGGCCGUGGCGAUCAAGAAGGCACGGCUGGCCAACGAGCGGCAGAAGAAGGAGUUUGGCAAGGAGAUGCUCAUCCUCUCCCAGAUCAACCACCGGAACAUCGUCAAGCUCUACGGCUGCUGCCUCGAGGUGGAGGUCCCGAUGCUGGUGUACAAGUACAUCCCCAACGGCACCCUGUACCGGCUCAUCCACGGCGUGCGUGACCGCGGCGUGCCGCGCAUCCCGCUGGCGCUCCGCCUCAGGAUCGCUCACCAGGCCGCCGAGGCGCUCGCGUACCUGCACUCCUGGGCGUCGCCUCCCAUCAUCCAUGGCGACGUGAAGACGUCCAACAUACUCCUCGAUGAGGACUACACCGUCAAGGUCUCCGACUUCGGGGCCUCGGCGAUGGCGCCGACGGACGAGGCCCAGCUCGUGACGUUCGUGCAGGGGACCUGCGGGUACCUGGACCCCGAGUACAUGAGGACGUGCAAGCUGACGGACAAGAGCGACGUGUACAGCUUCGGCGUCGUCCUGCUGGAGCUCCUGACCUGCCGGAAGGCGCUCAACCUGGCGGAGCUCGAGGAGGAGAAGUACCUCUCGUCGCAGUUCCUCCUGGUUCUCGGCGAGGACCGCCUUGAGGAGAUACUGGACGAGCAGGUGAAGGGCGAGCACAGCUUCGAGCUGCUCGAGCAGGUCGCGGAGCUGGCGAAGCAAUGCCUGCUGGAGAUGACCGGCGACAAGAGGCCGUCGAUGAGGCAGGUCGCGGAAGAGCUAGACAGGCUGAGUAGGUGGUCCCAGCAUCCCUGGGGUCGGCAGAACUCCGAGGAGAUUCUGGCAUUGCUUGGUGGAUCGCCGAGCACGGCCUCAGAAAUAGAACUUAGUACCAGUCGGAAUAUCAGUUUUACUGAUACGGCGUACAUUGGAAUUAGGUCUCCACGUUAG